AUGGGCAGCAGGGAGCAGCAGCGCGGCCGGAGGGACCGCUUCAUCGUCAUCCCCUUCUCCGCCUGCCGCUCCGCCGCCAGCGUCGACGUCGUCCACUCCAAGAAGCCCCGAGGUGCUGGCUGUAGCGGCGAGGGGACGUCGGCGGCGCCGGGGAUUAAGCCGGCCAAGGGGGAGUCGCUGUCGCUGGUGGCGCGGCUGCUCCGGGGGUUCAAGAACCUCUCCCACCAGAUCUUCGCGGUGUACGACGACGAGGAGGAGGAGGAGGAGGAGCCGGAGAUGGUGAUCGGGCUCCCCACGGACGUCAAGCACGUCGCGCACAUCGGCUGGGACGGCAGCACCAGCACCACCUCCAGCGUCCGCUCCUGGAACCGCGCCGCCCCUCCUCCUGGCACCACCGCUCCGGCCACCGCGUCGGCGUCCACCUCAGUCUCAGCCUCCUCCUCCGCCGCUCCUCCACCGCCAAAGGCGCAGCCGCCGGCGCUGUCCGCGCGGCAGUUCGAGCUCGCCAUGGCCGCGCAGGCGUCCGCGGCCACCACGGGGACCACGGCCAGCACCAGCGGCACCGGCACCAGCGGCGCCGCCCGGCGCCACCGCCACUACAGCUAG